AGAACCCAUAGCCAAAUGCGGGCCUCAUGUUCAUCCGGCCCAAUAUCACCAAUUGCGACCAACGACGAACAAACAGAAAACCUACUAGAACGACGUCGUCUGCUCAAAUCUUCCCUUUAUAAAGACAGCCAGAAAAAACCCUAGCCAAACCCUAGGAGAGCGAAAAUGAAGUACAAUCCCCGCGUCACCAGCUCUAGGCGGAAGAACCGCAAGGCUCACUUCACCGCGCCGUCGAGCGUGAGGCGGGUGUUGAUGAGCGCGCCCCUCUCCUCAGACCUCCGCGCCAAGCACAACGCCCGAUCCAUGCCGGUGCGCAAGGACGACGAGGUCCAGGUGGUGCGCGGGACCUACAAGGGUCGCGAAGGCAAGGUUGUCCAGGUGUAUCGCCGAAAGUGGGUCAUCCAUAUCGAGCGUAUCACCAGAGAGAAGGUCAACGGUUCCACGGUCAACGUCGGCAUCAACCCAUCGAAGGUGGUCAUCACCAAGCUCAGGAUCGACAAGGACCGCAAGUCUCUGCUCGACCGCAAGGCCAAGGGUCGCGCCGCUGCGGACAAGGACAAGGGCACCAAGUUCACAGCUGAGGAUAUCAUGCAGAACGUUGAUUGAUUUCAUUUUGGUUUGUGUUUUUGUUAGUAAGAUUAGCGACAGUCAAAUGAGCUUUUAUUGUAAGCACUUGAAUUUUCAUUAUGCAUUGAUGGAUUUGGCGUUUAAUGAUCUCUUUGAGGGUCUUUUGAGGCAUGGAUCUUGUCCUCUUUUUUUAUGCUGUGCUAUUCCUGGAAAUAGUUUUUGGAUUUAUUUAUUUAUUUAUGCCUAUAUUAUAUGCUUUC